AUGCAUCUCGUCUUUGGUCACUUAACAAAGGUUUGUUACUCGAUAUCAAGCACCUAGCUCAAUAUCAAGCAAUUUUAUAGUAUUUUUUGUUGUCAUCUUGGUGAAACAAGGUGAUAUUGUUGAUACCUAGUAUUGUUAUAGCAAAAAGGCGUAUUUUACUGUUUUUCAAAAUAAUUUUUUCCCAGAACGCAAUGUUCCACCAAUUCGAAACACAUUAAUCGACACUUUAUUUUAUCGACGUUCUCUAAUUUCCGAGCGUGUUAAAGAUUAUUUAAUAAUCGCCAUUUUUACGGUUCUCCUUCAAACCAGUUCGGAAAAAUGAUGGAUGGCCGUAAUUUGUACGCGAUAUAUUAUUUUCCUAUUCACGCAAUCACUUUUUCAGAAAAGUGGAAAAGAGCGAGAAUUCACGAAAGGUGCGAACAACCAACCGACGCCUUACUUGUAGUUCAGGCUUGAACUUGGGGAUUAAUUCGUUGCGUUUUGUCGACGGAACCACUUUCAAAUCAAGGUUUGAAAACGGUUUUCGACCAAAACACAACACACUUCCUUCUGGCAGCACAAUUUGUAGCCAAAAAUUCCAACCAACAAUCAGCGCGACGGUGCACUCGUGCACCAAACCACCGAGCAAACCUCUUGAUCUGGCCUUGCACGCGGUCAGAGACAACGCUUGGCCGUCACCACGGCGACAUCUGUGCAACGCGUCGCGCCGCUGCAGGCGCACCAGCCGGCUGUCGCCGCAACGUCGUUCGACUCCAACACCAACGACGAAAAACUGAAGCAGCUCGAGGAUCCCGAUUCGAAAGAGCUCACAACCGACUCGAAAGAGCCCCACAACAAUCCUGACGCCGAACAGCCGAACGUCGACGACACGAAAACGGACGACCCACUCGACGUCAGCUCCACCACCACACCGCAACGGGUAGAGACGGUGCUGGCAGCGGACGAGAACAAGGAGCAAGUUGCGCCACGUCCCGAACACGACUCCACCAAGACGGCGACCCAGGUGGCCGCUCAGCCUUCAGUCAUAACGACCUCAUCCACCACCGUCGUAUCGCCGGCGGUCGUGCAGGCCAGUCCACCGCCGGCCUCGCCCACCGUCACGCAGCCAUCGACGGCGGCGGCACCAUGCCCCACCAGCUCUAGCACCGCACCCACGACAACCCAGUCCACAUCGUCUUCGAAUCAAAGCUAUCAAUCCGGUGGACAUGAUCGCCACCAUCAGUCCACAAUGCAUUCACAAAUUCCACACAGAAGUGGUGCAGAUGGGCAUCAUAAGUUCGAUGUGCGCGGAAUCCCAGGGUAAGUCGGAGAAGAUUAAAUUUUAGAGUCAUAAAAAUUUAAAUUUUUUAAAUAAAAAAAAGUCGAAAUCAAACGUAUUUUCACGGUCUUUCAUUUUUGUUACCUAAAAACUACUUUGAUCAAAGAAAAAGCAUUAAAACGGGACGCCAACUCGGUCUUGGUACUCGAUUAUUUUCGUUGUGUGACUAAAAAAUUCCUCUUGCGGAAAUAAUAAAGUGCCGAAAAUGUUCUCCUUCCCGAUUUUAAUAUGAAAAGCAGAUUUGAUGCCUGUCUACUGUCAAUGUACGUCUAAUUUUUGUUUAAAAAAUGUAUAUGACUGCAUAUAAUAGGUAAAAACAUUGAUUUUCAUUGAUUUAUAUAUGUUUUUUUAGCAAAUAUUUUAGAUUUUGGACGAAAUUUUUUGAUUUUUAUUUUUUAAAACGCCUUUUAACAAAAUUUUAUUCUUAAUUCUCUUUAGCUAGGUUCCCGGUUGAUUUUUUACUACUGUUUGUAAAAAUUGAUUGUUUCAGUGCUUCGCAGUCUCACCAUCAUCACCACCACCAUCAUGGGCCGUCGACCGGGCCGAAUUCGUCUUCCAAAGGCAUGAGUUCGUCGUCGUCCUCGUCUAGAAUGAUGUCAUCGCGAUCACGGGCAGCGGACGAGCCACACAUUGGUCGGUAUCGGCUGCUGAAGACGAUUGGGAAAGGAAAUUUUGCAAAAGUAAGUGUUUUAGUUGUGUUUCUUUUGAUUUUAGGUUCUGAAUGGUGUGAUGGCAAUGUUGUUGUUGAUAAGAUGUAAUUUUUGAUUGGAUCAUGUGUGUUUUUGCUGAUGUUGAUCUAUUUUUAGCAUUAGACUGGGAAGAAGAGUUUUUUCAUGAAGUUUAAGAUAUUACACUGGAUGAAAAAUCAUUCAAAUGUUUUUGAUCACAUCUUUUUUUAAAAAAUAGUUAGAAAGCUGAAAUUUUAGACAUAGUUAGGUUACAUAUUGUGGCAACUAAAGACAUUAUGAAUAAUUUUUAAAGAAAGAAAUGCUGAAGAUACAACAAUUUUUCUAAACAUCAAAUUUAUACUUUUGAAAAAGUGCUUAAUGUAGUGAAUAUAACUCUCAUUUUAUUAUCUGAAACAAAACUUUACACUUAAAAUUUUAGGUAAAACUAGCACGACACAUACCAACAGGAAUUGAUGUGGCCAUCAAGAUAAUCGACAAAACUGCCUUGAAUCCGUCAAGUUUGCAAAAGUUAUUCCGCGAAGUUCGAAUAAUGAAACAAUUGGAUCAUCCCAAUAUAGUCAAACUCUAUCAAGUCAUGGAAACAGAUCAGACCUUGUACUUGGUUAUGGAGUAUGCCUCAGGCGGUGAAGUUUUCGAUUAUUUGGUAGCACAUGGGAGGAUGAAGGAGAAGGAGGCUAGAGCCAAGUUUAGACAAAUAGUAUCGGCCGUUCAAUACCUUCACUCGAAGAACAUUAUUCAUCGGGAUUUGAAAGCUGAGAACUUGCUUUUGGACGCUGAUAUGAACAUAAAAAUUGCUGAUUUUGGGUUUAGUAAUCAAUUCAGUGCGGGUAAGUUGAAUUUUUAAUGUUUUUUUUUGUUUUUUUAGGUACAAAAGACGUUUCAACUAUAUUAAACCGACUUUAUUGAUGCAAAAUCUAAUAUUUUGUAUUUUAGGUACAAAACUGGAUACAUUUUGUGGCAGUCCACCAUACGCAGCUCCGGAACUGUUUCAAGGCAAGAAAUACGAUGGACCCGAAGUGGAUGUAUGGUCAUUAGGCGUAAUAUUGUACACUUUGGUAUCCGGUUCACUGCCUUUUGAUGGACAAAAUUUGAAAGUGCGUUUUAAAGGCUUUAACUUUAAAAAAUUGAUAUUUUAAGCGGAUUUUAAAUUUGUAUGGCUUUAGGGUCUGAAGAUUUGAAAUUUUAAAACUUUUUGAGACGAAAAAGGUGAAAAAUUUUUUAAAUUUUAUAUUUGAACAAAAUUUUUUAAUUUUUUUAAAAAUUCUUAUUUUCAGGAGCUUCGCGAACGUGUCUUACGCGGAAAGUACCGUAUUCCGUUCUACAUGUCGACGGAUUGUGAAAAUUUGCUCAAAAAGUUUUUGGUUCUGAACCCCCAACGGCGUGGCACACUCGAACAAAUCAUGCGGGAUAGGUCCGGGUUUGGUUUUACUCUCACUUUUCUCGGUUUAACUUUACGUCUACGGUGGUGGUUGUCUAUUUCUGUGUUGAUUUUGUCAUUUUUUAAACACUGAAUUUGAAAAAUGAAAAAGAUUUUGACUUCUUAAAAUUUACGUAUUAAAAUGAAAUUUAAAGGUUUUUUUUGAAAAUUUAUAAAAUGUCACUACUUUUCAACUCAUUUUUUCUCAGACAACCUACUGUAACAUACGAUUGACCUAAUGUUAAUACCUAAAAAUUUCAGAUGGAUGAACAUGGGCUACGAAGAAGACGAACUAAAGCCGUACGUGGAGCCUCCGAAAGAUCAACGUGACGAAAAACUGAUUCAAGUACUCAAAAGCCUAGGCUACAACUCUCAAGCCAUAAACGACGCAUUAGAUCGAGAACGAUUCGAAGAAGUUCACGCUACAUAUCUGAUGCUAAAAGCUUCGAAGCAAGACCUAGAAACCCCGCUACCAGGCUCCGUACCACAAAAUCAACAGAACAGCGAAAAUCCGCUAAGCCAAAGCAGUGGCGGUACCAAUUCGUCUCAGUCAAAGUACCAAAAUCGAUCGUAUUCGGCACAAGUCCAGUCCAAACAGGCCAGAAGACAGUCUCAUGCUGAAGGUAUAACAUCCAACCAGCAAGCUUUCCACGUACCAAACCCAAUACAGACACAACGACUGGGGGGAGUGCCAGCUGCCGUGGCCCCAAGUGCGAUAGCACCAAGUGGAGUGGUACUGCGAAGUGCACCAUUCAGCUCAGGAAGAGCACCAGCUCUCUCAGUACAAGGCACGCCGCACGGAAACAAAGGUUACCAUCCUGUGCCAGCACCAAGUCAACGACCCAGUGCUAGUCAUACUAUCAAUGCAUCAUCGGCUAGGAAAGGCUCAGCACCAGGCAGAGUACCAAUGAACAAAGGCAUACCAUUCGUAAGACCAGGUGAACAAAGUGCUAACGGAUCAAGCUCAGCACGAGCACCAAACAACUGGUUUCCGAUGAACCAGCUGAGGGAUGCUCUGCCGAAUCAAGUUCCAAAUUCGGCCAAGUUAGCGGCUAAGGCCAAUCAGAUUCAACAAAAUCCGCCGGCAGCUAUACCUUCGGUUAAUGUGGCAGCUUUGCAGGUAAAUUUGGGUUUUUAAACUGAUUGUUUGUUACCUGAUAUAAGGAUUUUUGAUUAUUUUAUGCCUAAAUGAAAUUUUUGUUACCAAAGACAGAUUUUAAUUAAAAAAAGAAGCUUUCGUUACCUGAAAUGAAAUCUUUAGUACAUAAAAUGUUUACUUAUACCUACUAUAAUAUCCUUAUUUUAAGAUGGCCAGUAAUCUACAGAAGUCGGGAUCAGUAUCACACGCACCCCGUGAGCCAUCGAUCAAAGAAGACGAAGAUGAACAAUCAGAAUCCACCACCGGAGGCAACACAACCUCCUCGAAUUCUACCCUGCCCAUAAUCGGCGGCCACCCGAAUUCACACGCCCCAGCUGACCCCGAUCCAAGCCAACUUUCUCCAAAUAAUUCUAGUCAGGAGAGGUCGGUCACCCCUUUGGCGUCACAAAUCAACGAGGCUAGUGCACAGGCUAGACCGGGUAAGGGUGGGGUUUUUUGUUUUGGGGGUGGUUUUUAACUUUUAAUGCUUAAAUUAAGCUUUUUGUUCUUUUUUUAUUUAAAAUCGCAAAUUUUUACUGGUCUAUUACUUAAAAUAUUAAUUUUAUGCCAUUUUAGGGUUACACCAAAGCCCGUCGAUGCCCCCACAAAUGUUGAAAGCCCUAUCACAACAGGAAGAGUCCAAAAUGACGAAAAGUGUUACCCAAACCCCAUCCACUCCUCAACCACCCUCCACCGCCAUCUCAGUCCAACCAUCGUCGGCGGCUUCCAAUUUUCCUCGAAAUUCGCGAAAUCGACAGACUUUUCACGGCAAAACCGAACACAACCGUGGCAGUAACGAGGAGGAGGAAUUAGACACGGAACAGCCCGGGGCACUAGUACCACAAGCUACACAAGCCAACCAACGAGGGUUUUUUCUCAGCAAGCUGACCAAGCUGACGAAACGCAACACGGCCGACGGCCCGGCCCCACCACAAUCGGGUAAAGGCGUCGGCCGAAGCGGCACCAUCGGCCCCUCCGCCGGUGCCGCUCUAGCCCAACUUCAACAACAAACCCAACAUCAAGACCCCACCACGGUGAAUUCGGCUACGGUAGGAAGUGCCGGUACCGGCACAAUGCCAACCACACCACCCGGCUUCGGUUCGGCACCAAACACACCGAACGCACAGUCUGGCGACAAUGAAGUGAAGCCAAGGUCAUUGCGGUUCACGUGGAGCAUGAAGACAACAAGUUCAUUGCCUCCAGAUGUCAUAAUGAAGUGGGUUUUUGGCAGAAAAAUUGUUUUUGAGAAAAUAGUUUUGGUACCAUUUUUUGGUACUACUGGUACCAUUGGUACUAAAAAUAUUUUUUUGGGGCUUUAGCUUGCAAAUUAAUUAAUCAAAAGUGAAUUUUAGCUAUAAAAGUUGUUGGUACUAUUUUUUGCUACAGGCAGUGUUUUGCCGGACCGGUCCGGAUGAGAAUUUUUUCGGUCCGGUCCGAAAAAUUUUCGGUCCGGCUCUAUUUUUUUCGCUCAGGUCCGGUCCGGUCCGGACCAAAAAGGUCAGGUCCGGUCCGGAAAAUUUUUUUUUUAUUUUUAAAAAAGAGCCAGGAGCGCUCAAACUGCUUUCUUUACGUUUAAAAACUCUUAAAAAUAUGUUUUAUUUGCAAUUUUUAAAACAGUUUUAUUAAAAUAAAAAAAAAAAUUUUUCCGGUCCGGUCCGGAACUUUUUUUUCGGUCCGGUCCGGUUCGGAAAAUUUUCGGUCCGGACCGAGGAGGGACGGGUCCGGCAAAACACUGGCUACAGGUGGUACCGCUGGUACUAAAUUUUUUUGAGACGAAAACUUAAGGCUUGUGAAACUGCUUUUUAUAGUAUAAUUUCAUUUUUUCAGAGAAAUAAAGAAGGUGCUAGACGCGAACAAGUGCGAUUACGAACAACGCGAACGAUACUUGCUUCUAUGCGUGCACGGCGACCCCAACUCGGACUCGUUGGUGCAGUGGGAAAUGGAGGUAAGGGGACUUGGUUGAUAAGUGUUUUAUCAAAAAAAAUUGUAGAAAUGAUAAAGAGGUUGAAUUUUAAAACAAAAACAUUUUUUUCAUAUUUUAGGUAAUAAAAAUAAUUUUUUCGUAUUUUAGGUAACAAUAAAUAGUUUUUUUCAUAUUUUAGGUAACAAAAAUAUUUUUUUUUGUUUUAGGUAACAAUAAUAUUUUAGGUAAUAAAUAGAUUUUUUCAUAUUUUAGGUAACAAAAAUAAAUUUGAGUUGUUUUUCAGAUUUGCAAGCUGCCCCGACUGUCGUUGAACGGCGUCCGCUUCAAACGCAUCUCCGGCACCUCGAUCGGCUUCAAGAACAUUGCCUCGAAGAUUGCGCAAGAGUUGAACUUGUAGGCGAACGUUCGGACUAAAUAUACUGUAUAAAUUGCAGUUAA